CCCGUGCUGGACCGCUUUGUAUUUUCGGUACAGCCUCGCUUCUUUUCCAGGCCCGAGGAGGAACCAGUUAACACUCGGGGCUCAGCUGGAGUUGAAGUGCACUAGUUUUCUUAGCGGAGGCGCGGAGUUUUUGAUUCAGGACUAGUGUAGGGGGGCUACUGAAUGGGAGCAGUCACUGGAUUCGUGUGAUUCCAACGCGAGCCGCCCAGACCACCGACCACUGUCCAUCAUAUUUGACUUUUGGGGACAUUUGGGACACAUCCAGAACAAGACCACCUCUAUUCCUCCUGUUGUCCCCUUCCCCUUUCCUUCCUCACGGACUCUUCGGACAGAGAAACCCUCCAGAAAUGGCUCAGAUACUGCCCAUACGCUUUCAGGAACAUCUGCAGUUGCAGAACCUGGGAGUGAACCCAGCGAACAUCGGGUUCAGCUAUCUAACCAUGGAGUCAGACAAGUUCAUCUGUGUUAGAGAGAAGGUGGGUGAGCAGAACCAGGUAGUGAUUGUGGACAUGUCCGACCCCACCAACCCCAUCAGGAGACCCAUAUCUGCUGACAGCGCCAUCAUGAACCCCGCCAGCAAGGUCAUUGCCCUGAAAGACGCUGCCAAGACGCUGCAGAUCUUCAACAUUGAAAUGAAGAGUAAGAUGAAGGCUCACACGAUGACAGAGGAGGUCAUGUUCUGGAAGUGGAUAUCGGUCAACACCGUUGCUCUGGUAACGGAUACAGCUGUGUAUCACUGGAGCAUGGAGGGGGAUUCCCAACCAGCCAAAGUAUUUGAUCGGCACGCUAGUCUGGUUGGAUGUCAGAUCAUUAACUACAGAACUGACGACCAACAGAAGUGGUUACUGCUGAUAGGGAUAUCUGCUCAGCAAAAUCGUGUGGUUGGGGCCAUGCAGCUGUAUUCUGUUGACAGGAAGGUUUCCCAGCCCAUCGAGGGCCACGCUGCUGCCUUUGGGGAGUUCAAAGUAGAGGGAAAUGCCAAACCAUCCACUCUGUUCUGCUUUGCUGUGCGCUCCCAGGCUGGGGGAAAGUUGCAUAUCAUUGAAGUCGGUCAGCCAGCUGCAGGAAACCAGCCAUUUGCCAAAAAAGCAGUGGAUGUAUUCUUCCCUCCAGAGGCCCAGACCGACUUUCCUGUAGCCAUGCAGAUUGGCAAUAAGCAUGGUGUAAUAUAUCUAAUCACAAAGUAUGGUUACAUUCACCUCUAUGACCUGGAGUCUGGAGUGUGCAUCUACAUGAACCGAAUCAGUGCGGAGACUAUCUUUGUAACUUCCCCUCAUGAAGCCAGCUCAGGAAUCAUUGGUGUCAACAAGAAGGGACAGGUCUUGUCAGUAUGUGUUGAAGAGGAAAACAUUGUCAACUAUGCCACCAACGUCCUGCAGAACCCAGACCUGGCCUUGAGGAUGGCUGUGAGGUCAAACCUGGCUGGAGCCGAGGAGCUCUUUGCCAGGAAGUUCAACACUCUCUUUGCACAGGGAAGUUACUCAGAAGCUGCAAAGGUGGCUGCAUCAGCACCCAAGGGUAUCCUGCGGACGGCUGAGACCAUCCGUAAGUUUCAGAGUGUCCCAGCACAGCCGGGUCAGGCCUCUCCUCUGUUGCAGUACUUUGGUAUUCUGUUGGAUCAGGGCCAGCUCAACAAGUUUGAGUCCCUGGAGCUGUGCAGGCCUGUCCUCCAGCAGGGUCGCAAGCAGCUACUGGAGAAGUGGCUGAAGGAGGACAAGCUGGAGUGCUCAGAGGAGCUGGGUGACCUGGUCAAGGCCUCAGACCCCACCCUUGCUCUUAGUGUGUACCUCAGAGCUAAUGUCCCCAACAAGGUGAUCCAGUGCUUUGCUGAAACCAGCCAGUUCCAGAAGAUCGUGCUGUAUGCUAAAAAGGUGGGCUACACUCCAGACUGGGUGUUUUUGCUGAGGAAUGUGAUGCGUGUCAAUCCAGACCAGGGACUGCAGUUUGCCCAAAUGUUGGUCCAAGAUGAGGAGCCAUUGGCCAACAUCAACCAGAUUGUUGAUGUAUUUAUGGAGGGCAGCCUGAUUCAGCAGUGUACAUCUUUUCUACUGGAUGCUUUAAAGAACAACCGGCCCGCUGAAGGACACUUACAGACACGGUUACUUGAGAUGAACCUCAUACAUGCCCCUCAGGUAGCAGAUGCGAUCCUUGGGAACCAGAUGUUCACACACUAUGACCGUGCACAUGUAGCUCAGCUGUGUGAGAAGGCAGGGCUGCUGCAGAGAGCCCUUGAACACUACACCGACCUGUAUGAUAUCAAACGUGCUGUGGUGCACACACAUCUGCUCAACCCUGAGUGGCUGGUGAACUUCUUCGGCUCUCUGUCAGUUGAAGAUUCACUCGAGUGCUUAAGGGCCAUGCUGUCAGCAAACAUCAGACAGAACCUGCAGCUGUGUGUCCAGGUAGCAUCCAAGUACCACGAGCAGCUGGGCACUCAGGCAUUAGUGGAGCUCUUUGAGUCCUUUAAGAGCUAUGAGGGUCUGUUUUACUUCCUGGGGUCAAUUGUGAAUUUCAGCCAGGAGCCUGACGUUCACUUUAAGUACAUCCAGGCUGCCUGUAAAACAGGGCAGAUCAAAGAAGUGGAGAGAAUCUGUAGGGAGAGCAACUGUUAUGACCCAGAGAGGGUUAAAAACUUCCUCAAGGAGGCAAAACUGACAGACCAACUUCCUCUUAUUAUUGUGUGUGAUCGUUUUGACUUUGUUCACGACCUGGUACUCUACCUCUACCGCAACAAUCUGCAGAAAUAUAUUGAAAUCUAUGUACAGAAAGUGAACCCCAGUCGUUUGCCAGUGGUCAUAGGUGGCCUAUUGGAUGUGGACUGUGCUGAAGAUGUUAUUAAGAACUUGAUCAUGGUGGUCAGAGGUCAAUUUUCUACUGAUGAACUUGUGGAGGAAGUAGAGAAGAGGAACAGGUUAAAACUUCUGUUGCCGUGGUUAGAGUCCCGUAUCCAUGAGGGCUGUGAAGAGCCAGCUACCCAUAAUGCUUUGGCCAAGAUCUACAUUGACAGCAACAAUACUCCUGAGCGCUUCCUCAAGGAGAAUCCCUUCUACGACAGCGCUGUGGUCGGACGCUACUGUGAGAAGAGGGAUCCACACCUGGCCUGUGUGGCGUAUGAGAGAGGCCAGUGUGACUUGGAGCUCAUCAAAGUGUGCAAUGAGAACUCAUUAUUCAAGAGUGAAGCUCGGUAUCUGGUACGACGGAAAGACCCUGAACUGUGGGCCAACGUUUUAGAAGAAAAUAACCCAUUCAGGAGGCAACUUAUCGACCAGGUGGUGCAAACAGCUCUGUCAGAGACUCAGGAUCCUGAGGAGGUGUCGGUCACAGUCAAAGCAUUCAUGACUGCAGAUCUGCCCAAUGAGCUGAUUGAACUGCUGGAAAAGAUUGUACUUGAUAACUCAGUCUUCAGUGAGCACAGAAAUCUUCAGAACCUGCUGAUUUUGACAGCCAUCAAGGCAGACCGCACUCGUGUGAUGGAGUACAUUAACAGACUAGACAACUACGACGCUCCAGACAUUGCUAAUAUUGCUAUAAGCAAUGAGCUCUUUGAAGAGGCCUUUGCCAUUUUUAAGAAGUUUGACGUAAACACCUCAGCAAUACAGGUGUUGAUUGAGCACAUAGGGAACUUAGAUCGGGCUUAUGAAUUUGCAGAGCGUUGUAAUGAGCCUGCAGUGUGGAGUCAGUUAGCCAGAGCUCAGCUUCACAGAGACCUGGUCAAAGAGGCUAUUGACUCGUAUAUUAAAGCUGUUGACCCUUCAGCAUACAUGGAGGUGGUCAAUGCAGCCAGCAACAACAAUAACUGGGAAGACUUGGUUAAAUUCCUUCAGAUGGCUCGGAAGAAAGCCAGAGAGUCGUAUGUGGAGACAGAGCUGAUCUUUGCUUUAGCUAAGACAAAUCGUUUGGCUGAGCUAGAAGAGUUUGUCAGUGGGCCCAACAAUGCCCACAUUCAGCAGGUUGGUGACAGAUGUUAUGAGGAGGGGAUGUAUGAAGCAGCUAAACUCCUAUACAACAACGUGUCCAACUUUGCUCGACUUGCUUCAACGCUAGUCAACCUGGGAGAGUACCAGGCUGCUGUGGACAGCGCCAGGAAAGCCAAUAGCACACGGACUUGGAAGGAGGUGUGUUUUGCUUGUGUGGACGGUGAGGAGUUUCGGUUGGCACAAAUCUGCGGCCUUCACAUAGUGAUCCACGCUGAUGAGCUGGAAGACCUGAUCAGCUACUAUCAAGACCGUGGAUAUUUUGAGGAGCUCAUUGCUCUCCUGGAGGCUGCUCUGGGCCUGGAGCGAGCGCACAUGGGCAUGUUUACAGAGCUCGCUAUCCUCUACUCCAAGUUCAAACCUCAGAAGAUGAGAGAGCACCUGGAAUUGUUCUGGUCCAGAGUUAACAUCCCAAAGGUGCUUCGUGCAGCAGAGCAGUCCCAUUUAUGGGCAGAACUAGUUUUCCUUUACGAUAAAUAUGAAGAGUAUGACAAUGCAGUCAUCACAAUGAUGUCACAUCCAACGGACGCUUGGAAAGAAGGACAGUUCAAAGACAUUAUUGCAAAGGUUGCCAAUGUGGAGUUGUACUAUAAAUCUCUAACCUUUUACCUGGAUUAUAAACCUCUUCUACUCAACGACCUGCUCACCAUAUUAUCACCACGGCUUGACCACAGCCGAGCUGUCACUUUUUUCACCAAGGUGAAUCAACUUAAGUUGGUCAAGCCCUACCUGAGGUCUGUCCAAAAUCACAACAACAAAUCAGUCAACGAAGCCCUCAACAACCUGUUGACAGAAGAGGAGGAUUUCCAGGGCCUGAGAACAUCCAUCGAUGCCUAUGACAACUUUGACACCAUCGGCCUGGCUCAGAGGUUAGAGAAGCAUGAGCUGAUUGAGUUCAGGCGUAUCGCUGCUUAUCUGUACAAAGGCAACAACCGCUGGAGACAGAGUGUGGAGCUCUGUAAGAAGGACAAACUCUACAAGGAUGCCAUGCUGUAUGCUGCAGAGUCAAAGGAUGCAGAGUUGGCAGAAACUCUGCUCCAGUGGUUCUUGGAGGAGGGCAGGAAGGAGUGUUUCGCUGCGUGCCUAUUUGCAUCCUAUGACCUGCUGCACCCUGACGUGGUGCUGGAACUGGCCUGGAGGCACAACAUCAUGGACUUUGCUAUGCCCUACUUCAUCCAGGUCAUGAGGGAAUACCUUAGCAAGGUUGAUGAGUUUGCGGCGAAGGUGACGGUGGACAAACUGGAGGAGGCAGAAAGCCAAAGGAAAACUGAAGAGGAGGUGACAGAGCCUCAGCCCAUAGUGUUUGGUCAACAGCUGAUGCUGACUGGCUCUCCUGCUCCUGCGACUCCCCAGCCGGCGUACCCCGGUUAUGGCUACGCAGCCCCCGCAGCCUUCCCCCCUCAGCCUGCAUACGGCUUCAACAUGUAGACGCUCCGGUCUCACUGUUAAAGACCACAUCUACCCCCUCUCCCUCUACACACAAACACACUGUUUUGGCCCCGAACCACACUGAAACAUGCUGUUCUCAGUCUCAAUCAAUCAACAGAGGGCAUGGAGACCCCCCCCCCCCUCCAAGAAACCACACCUGGCUGCCACUCCCAUAAGGCUCUCCUCACUGAACCCGCAAUAGAAACUGCCUCUUCUCUUCUCCACAACCAGUUUAGAAGGACUAGCAUUACAGCUACCAGGCUCUCAUUUGUUUCUUUUUUCCACUUGGACGUCACAGCUACAAAGCAUGAAGUCACCUCUGGGCUCGUAGAUAAAUCAGACAUCCAGACAUUAGCCACUCUGUCCUGUUGCUGUUCCAUUUUAUUAACCAUAGAGCAGCAUUUCAUUCCUUUGUUUUGUUUCUGUUUUCCUCGACAUUCAGCACUGAUAAAAGAGACUUUAUUACUGAGGAGUAGUAAAGGGGACACGUGCAUCCCCUUCCCUCCUAAAGCACUGCUUUUACGGCCUUAUAUACAUUGAAGUGAUGACAAAAACGGGCUCAUUUUGUUCAUGUUUAAUUUCAACUGUGUCAGGCUCUAACAGUUAUUGUGCAAUAGUUUUGUUUGUCCUUUCAUAACAGGUGCAAAGUGUUCAUUUUACUUUCCAAAAACAAGGAGAUGCUGUACACGGACAUUUGUCGUAUGGGGUUAUACUGUGUAUGUGUGUGUGUGUGUGUGUGUGUGUGUGUGUGUGUGUGUGUGUGUGUGUGUGUGUGUGUGUGUGGUGUCAACAUAAAGCCUUUGAGGGAGACAUCACCAAACGAGGACACAUGAGAUUUCCACUCCCUUGCAGCCGCAAACCUUUUUUUUGACGGGUCAGAGAAUUCAGAUCUUUUUUUUUCGAUAAUACUUGUCCAGAGCUACAGGAAGGAAAGAGCAGUGGACGUAAUAAACAUACGCUAUAUGCUGUAGUUGUGCAUGUGCUGCCAAACUAUAAUGCUGCAACCAGGAGCACAAUUUUCAUGUUACACUCAAGUAUAUCAAGUAUUACUAAUGUUGUGUCCAAAACUAAGCAAUGAACGUGGAAAACAUCUCACCUGACUAACAGGAACUUUGAUGAAACUCUGAGAGUGAAGAGAUGUAACAGGGGGAACAUUAGCUCACAUCCUGGUGCCAGUUGGUACAAAAAAAUAAUCAUUAUUGUACUGAAAGCAGUGUAUAAUUUAAGAUAUAUUGAAAUACCUUAACUAAUCAAAUAAGUCAAAUAAUAUAGAAAACCAUAUGUAUUGUCUAUAGUGUGUUGAUGUAGUCUUAAAAGCAUAAUGAUUUUUGUAAAAAAAAAAAAAAAAAGACAAAAAAAAAAGGACAAAAUACAAAAAUAUCAGGUGAAUUAAUAAGUGGCAAAGUCCUGACAUGAGACUGCUGAGUGUUUACUUCCUGUGCUGUCCACAAAUCCUGUAUGAUAGACUGCUCAGUGGUGGCAUCAUCUUUGGAUUUGUCAGAGCAGAAAGCAAAAAUACCUGAGUUGCACAUGAAGCGCUCCCUUUAUCUGCACAAGUCAUGCAUACAGAAUGAGGAAUAAAGUUUACACACAGUG